AUGCCUUCGAAAAAGAAUAAACGCAAGCAGAAAAACAAAGGUACCACUGCUAGUGAAGAGGAUAUUUAUACCUACCGAGGCUCUAAAACCGACAAGUACGGCAACAAGAUUCCCAGGGUUCGUAACAAGCCAAAUAUCAUCGUGGCACCUACCCCUAAGGGUGGCCGUCAAAAUACCACGAUGAAUUCAAACGGCAGGUCGAAUCCAUACCCAGGUGCUCCUUCUGAUGGUGGUUCCAACACUGAAUAUGAGUUUGGCCGUCCCCGCGGCCUUCGAGUUCGCCCUAUCAAAGAAAAGCCACGCCACGACCCUGUUGCAGAUCUUAACCGAGUUAUGGAGCAGGGCCGCCGAGAAGUUGACGCUCUUCGUCGUGCCAUUGAAGUCAAAAAAAACUACGGUGAAAAUACCGGACGUCUUCCGGGCUUGACCGACCAGCUUUCCGACAAGAUAGCCGAAUUGGAACUGUAUAACACCAGCGAAGAGGCUAGAACGCAACAUGCUUGGGCUUUAGCUCGUGAUCACGACAACAAGAUCCGAGAAAAGGCCAAACAUAACCAAGAAAACAAACCACCAGCUGCUGUCAAAGGUCUCCGCCCAUACCGUGGCCCAGAGGACUUUUGGUCCUACGACAAAGAGGACCGGGAUAUGAUUAUCGAGGCAGCAGCAAGAAUCAUCCAAAAGGAGGCACUGACCCGACGCCGUCGGGAGGUUGCACCCAUUGCUGCCAUCUGCCAACGUACCCGAUAUCUCUCUGUCGAACAAAGAGACUAUAUUGGCCGCUGGGUUCUCAGCUUGCCAGAUGAGUUUGAAGGAGGGGAUGGCCCUGCGCCAGUCCCGACUUAUGGGUAG